GAUUGAUGAUUUGAAGAAGCUGUGGACCGGUAUAUGGACGUAUGAUGUAUCAAGGAAGCAAAAUUUUCUUAUGAGGGCAGCUUUGAUGUGGACUAUUAAUGACUUUCCAGCGUAUGGCAUGUUAUCUGGUUGGAGCACGCAUGGUCGAUUAGCUUGUCCGCAUUGCAUNGAACACACAAAGUCAUUCUUAUUGACGCAUGGUCGGAAAAGUUGUUGGUUUGAUUGCCAUAGAAGGUUCUUGCCCCUUGAUCACAUGUUUAGGAGGAACAAAAAGGCUUUUCGCAAAGGGCAACGUGAAAAAGAUAUGCCACCUCCUAGGCUUAAUCCAUCUCAAGUUUGGAGAAGAGUUAAACAUUUUCCAAANGUCAAUGAAAGUGGUAUCAAUAGGAUUGAAGGGUUCGGGGAGUGGCAUAACUGGACCAAGANAAGCAUUUUUUGGGAUCUUCCGUAUUGAAAGAAUAACUUGCUGAGACAUAACCUGGAUGUCAUGCAUAUAGAAAAGAAUUUCUUUGACAACAUCUUUAACACAGUCAUGAAUGUUAGUGCCAAGACGAAAGAUAAUGAAAAGGCAAGGAAAGAUAUAUCUUUGUAUUGUGCACGAAGNGACUUAGAGUUGAAGCCCAAAGAUAAUGGCAGGUUCCUAAAGCCAAAGGCAAAUUACACCCUAUCAAAAGACGAGGCCAAAAUAGUUUUUCGAUGGAUAAAGGAGCUUAGAAUGCCAGAUGGNUAUUCUUCAAACUUGGCCCGAUGUGCUAAUGUUGAUAAGGGCAAUAUUCAAGGGUUGAAGAGUCAUGAUUGCCAUGUCUUUAUGGAAACUCUAAUCCCUGUUGCAUUUAGCUGUUUGCCCAUGCACGUGUUAAAUCCACUUAUAGAAAUNAGUCAUUUCUUCAAGGAUUUGUGCGCUACGACUCUCAAGGCAGAUUCCUUGAGAAAGUUGGAGGAAAAUAUUCCAUUUAUUCUUUGCAAAUUGGAAAGAAUAUUCCCUCCUGCAUUCUUUGAUUCCAUGGAACAUCUUCCAAUUCAUCUUGCACAUGAAGCAUGGCUUGGUGGUCCAGUGCAAUAUAGGUGGAUGUAUCCAUUUGAAAGGUUCAUGGGAGAGUCUAAACGUUCAGUCAAAAACAAAGCCAGAGUGGAAGGAUCAAUUUGUUCGGCUUACUUGCAUCNUGAGACAACGUACUUUUGUUCUCAUUAUUUCAACAACUUCAUGUUGAAACCGAUCAAUGUUAGGAAUGCAACACAAUCUGCCACAUCUCAUUCAACUUUGUUAGUGUUUCGACAAGUGGGCCGUCACGCGGGCAAAGAGUUCACUCAUUGGUUAAGUGAUGCUGAAUUCAACUCUGCCCACGUCCAUGUCUUAAUUAAUUGCCNUGAAGUUAAGGUGUACCUUGACUCAUUUCUUGUGGCUAUGCAAGUUCCAGAAGGGAGUUCUUCCGCUAUAAUACACUCACAGUUCCCUCAGUGGUUUAGAGAUCAAGUAUGAUUAACCUUUUCAAUAUUUUAAAAACAAUUGAUGUUAACACUUGUAGCUUAAUUUUUCUUCACCACUUCUUUGUAGGUUCAUAGCCAGCCAUUAAGUCCCUUAAUUCAAGAUCUACGGGAAUUGUCAAAUUGGCCCAUGAGAUGUGUCAAAGAAUGGCACACGUAUUUUGUAAAUGGGUACAAGUUCCACACCGAUGCAUGGUCGAAAGGAAAAAAGACAACUAAUUGUGGGGUGUUCGUUAAGGGCCUUACUGAGGGUGGUUAUGAUGACUUCUAUGGUAUUAUUGAAAAAAUUUAUAAGCUGGAGUAUAAUACUUCAAGUACUCCAAAGAGGGUAGUUCUUUUUUAUUGUCAAUGGUUUGAUCCAUCUAUGAAUGGAACAAGAGUGGAUCCUAGGUAUAAUAUUGUAGAAAUUCAAAUGACUUCAAGAUACCGACCAUUUGAUCCAUUCAUUCUAGCUCUUAAUGUUAGACAAGUUUAUUAUGUCCCAUAU